UGCUUUUUCCACUGACCCUGCCUUCAGCAGCAAGCAACCACCCAAGAGCUAAAACUUCCCUGAACUUCCUCAUAAAAACAGGGAUGAAACCCACUCCCUAAUAAAUAUUUGCAUUAUAUUUGAAUAUAUAUAAUAUUUUUUAACAUUCAUGUUAACAUCUUAACAUGUGGAAAAAAAUAUAUACAUUUUUAAAUCAAUUGUCUCUAUUAGACGCUAUAGGACUGACUGUUGACUGAUAAACGUAUAAUACCUCUGUAUGUGAAACUGGUGUGUGUCGAACACCACAAGGAGAGUUUGAAAUACCAGAAUCUUAACUGAUUAUAAAACAGACUUGAUUUGGUGGAAGCUUCUUCUCAAAUAGUUUGCAAUGAGCAGUGUGAUGUAAAAAAAAAAAUCCUACAAUUUAUUUUCGCCAGGACUUAAACAGCCACAAGAGGGUGCUAGAAAUUGCCUAGCAAUAACUGAUUAUGGUCAAAUCGCGUGGACUUCACGUGGACUUCCUAAUUUCUGUACUUGUAGUUUGAUUAAGACAAAUAUUCAUUACUAAACAUUAUAACAAAAUGAACAUUUACAUCACAACAUUAACAUCGUUACAUUUAGACAUUAUCAAAGAAUUAAAAGUAACAGUGUUGAGGUAAGAAAAAUCGAGUAGGAAUGUGGUAUUAAUGAAACUUGAAUUACUUUUUUUAAAGGGUUAAAAGUAAAGAGGAGGCUAAAACACAAUGCUGGUGUGAACACAUCAUUCAUAUUCUGAGUCUUUACUGGAAGUGUCAUACAGAGACGAGUGCAGCAUGAGUGAAAGAGGAACAGGCUGAUUUCGGCAGUUAAUGUUUAUUAAAAGAGUAAGAAAGUUUUAUAUUGUAAUUCUAAGGAUAUUUUUGGACUAAAUGUAACACCUGGUGGAUCUCAGUGUCAGCUGUUUAAAGGCUGAUGUCAGCGUUUUUCACAGAAUGACGAGAAAAUUUACAGCAGCAGCAGCAGCAGCAAUCCUCAUGUUACUGAUAGGAGUUCAGGCUCAGCCCAGUGUAACUUUCUCCACUCAGAGUCUCUGUGCUGUUACUGGAUCUACAGUAAAAAUCCCCUGUACAUUUACAAAACCUGAUCACUCCAGUGUCACACAGAGAGAGUGGUAUCAAGUCCAGAGCUCUGAAGGAGAACCACAAGAACUGAGUAAAGAUCCACAAUAUUCAGGACGAGUGUAUGUGAGCACAUGGUGGUCUGACUGUGAGCUGACAGUAAGAAAUGUGAGACUGAGUGACUCUGGAGUUUAUAACUUUAGAUUUAAAACACAGAGCAGUAAAUGGAUAUCAGCGCCAUCUGGAGUUCAUCUGACUGUUACAGAUUUGCAGGUGAAGGUGGAUCCUAACACUGAAGGACAGAGAAAAGUAAAAGUGACCUGUAGCUCCACCUGCAGUCUCAGUCCAUACAAUUUGUACUGGUACAAGAAUGGCUACUACAUUAAACCUACAAAUGAAAACUUCAUUGUCCUUGACUCAACUAAUGUAGAUGAUGAAGGCAGCUACUCCUGUAGGGUGUAUGAAAGUGAACGUCGCUCUCCUCCAGUGUGUGUAAUGAGGAAGGCGUGUUGGCGUGUGACUUACACUCCUGAUCAUGUGUGUGCUCUGAAAGGCACAUCGGUUGAUCUCUCCUGCUCUUAUACGCAUCCUGCAGAACACACAGUGAGAACAUCAGUGUGGUUCAUUAAACAGAAGGCUGAAGAUGAUCCUGUGGAUGUGAGAGAAGAUGAGGAGUAUCAGGGCCGAGUGCAGGACACACAGAACUCUCAGAAUAACUGUAGUCUGAGAAUCACUAACCUGAGAGAGACAGAUGCUCAAACAUACAGAUUCAGAUUCUACACUGAUCAGGACAAAUACACCGGGAAUCCUGGAGUCUCUCUGUCUGUUACAGAUCUGAAGGUUACAGUAUCAGACUGGAGAAAUGGGUAUAAAAUGCUGAGCUGCAUCACCACCUGCACUCUGUCUAACAAUCCCACUUACAUCUGGUACAAGAACGGACAGCGUGUUCCUGACCAGAACAGAAAUGAACUGGAUCUGGAUGGCAGCAGUGAUGGCAGCUACUCCUGUGCUGUAACAGGACAUGAGAAUCUUCACUCUCCUGCAGUCUAUUCACCUAAAAACAUAAGAGCAGAGGUUCUUCCAACUGGAGACCUAAUGGAGGGGGAUUUAGUGACUCUGAGCUGUAGCAGUGAUGCAAACCCUCCUGUUCUCACCUACUCCUGGUUUAAGCAGAUAGCAGGUGCAGACACACUGCUAUCAACAGGCCAGAAUCACAGCAUCAGCAACAUUAGCUCUCUGCACAGUGGACUCUACUACUGCACUGCUUACAACCAGCUGGGACACCACAACUCUACACCUGUACACCUGAAUGUGUUAGGUUCAAAGAACAACACAGCGUUAAAGUUCAGCAUGGUGGCUCUGGUUGUCUUCCUGGCAGUAACACUUGUCUCAGGAGCUCUGUGGAUGUGGAAAAGAAAGUCAAGCUCGGCUAAUAAGCACAGCAGCACUGCUGAGAGUGAACAGCUUCAGUCUGCUCCAGUGUAUGACAAUAUCCCAGCCUCAAACCACAGAGUCACCUCAGAUGAUCAGGAGAACAUUACCUAUACUAGUGUUGCUUUUAAACACUACCACACAGAGGAAGGGUCUCUGUCACCCAGACUUCCUCCAGACACUACAGAUGAAGAGGAAGUAGAGUACGCUGCUGUGAACAUUCAAAGGAACACUGCUGCCACCCAGCUGGAUGGAGCGAAUGAUGAUUCAUCUCAGAUCUACAGCAAAGUCUCCAGAAAAAGCAAGAUCUGAGACAGAUGAGAUCGUUCUGUUCUGUAUCUAAACUAAACAGAAGAAGAUCGUCUUUGGCAUUUCAUCAGAACAGCAGUAUUAAUGUUUAUGAAGUAUACCUUUACUUAAGUUUUUAUUUUACAUUUAUGUUUAUGUUCCAUUAUAAUCUUUAUAACUGUUUAAUUUUUCAAUUAUUGUCCAGAUUAUAUCUCAAAAUAUAUUUCCGAUCAGAUAUCAGACUUUUACAUUCGUGAAAUAUUUCAAUUAUUUCUGUUUUCUGAUAUUUUUUUCUGUGAUGCUGUUUUACUACUCAAAUACUGAUAUUCUUUCAUAUUAUUACAUACAAAAAUAUAUAAUAAUUGUAUUUUACAUGAAUGUCCUGCACCUUUCAUUGUUUUGUACCGAACAUUUAAUGCCAAAUGCUCGCUGUUACAUCAUUGUGCUCUUCAAAGUAAAAUUUUCUUGCAAAAGACGGCCACCAGGUGGCGUUUGGGCCUCUUUCUAAACUGCUGCAACAAUACUACCCUACUACUGUAACUAUGUAACUGUGUGAAACAAAACAAUAAUUCUAAAAAUGUUAUAGCAAAUAAAUAAAUAAAUACUAUUUUUUCCACGUUUAUACCUGUAUG